AUGGAAAACUGGUGCCAAUUGGGUGACAAAAACAUUAGAAGAGAGGUGUGGCCAACCUCCCAGAUCAACAGCGCACCCGAAGAUAUCAAAGCAGUGGCCCCGCUGGGAAGCAUGUUGGCAAUUGUCUCAGGAGAUUCAAAGAACCUUAAUACAGAUGAAGAAAAUGUAAAGUGUGUAUUGAGGAUAUACAAUGGCUCAUGCGUCCUAGUAACAUCAGUAAAAUGGUACGUUAGUUUUGAGAACAUUUUAGGGAUACAGUGGACAGAUAGUCUAGAACUUGUUUCAGUAUUUACCAAUGGGUGUGUUCGAGUUUAUUCAGCACACGGAGAACUUUUGCGCACAUUCUACCUCCACUCAUACGGAGAAUCAAAUAACAACAGAAUUGAUCCGGAACUUAUAAAGUAUAAAAUUUGGUCCAACGGGCUAGUAUUUGUCAACUUUGCAGACCAAAGACUUUACUUUCAAAAGGGAUUUGAAACACAAAAUACCUGGGUAGUUGAAUUGAAUGAAUUCGCAUUAUCAGUAACAGCCUUGGGCGUUGUGGCAAACCGAAGUUGGAACCAAGUGCUGGUGAUAUUCUCAACUCUAAACGGCACAAAUUUCAUUAAAAUGGACCACCUCAUGAAGUGUACAAAUUUUGAAGAUUUCCAAAAAUGUCUACUACAAGUUAAUCCCUGCACGUAUACUCACAUAUCUACUUCACCAUACCACUUUUCACAGACAAAUUUGUCAACGUGUGAUUUCGAAGAUCUAAAGGAAGAACAGGAUGUUAAUUCAAAUAUUAACAAAAAGGUUAAAUCUAAUAAAUAUUUCAUAGGUAUGGGAAAUAAUGAAGAGGGACUCCUUACAAGUUUGUGUAUAGAUGAUAGAAGCGUGAAAAUACUGUGGGAAAUUAAAAUAGAGCCAUUCAAUAACAUUUACACGAUGAGUGAAGGAAUCCUUGCAGUAACAUUCACGACUAAAACGGAUAACUUAUCCAAUGAUCCAAAGUCACCAAAUAACCCGCAGAUUUUAGAAAAUGAAAGUAACGAAAAUGAUAAUACGGAGCAGAUGUUGAGAAGGGAUAGGGAAAGUAACUUGAUUAAGCUGAUAUAUAACGCAGAUUAUGAUUUGAAUAUUUACACCCAAGUAAUAGAGAUCUUGAGUGAUAUCGGUGGAGGGUUGAGAGUGUUUACAAGAAGUAAGAUGGAGUAUUUAGAUAUAGUGUCGAUUUCUAGCGAGUUGGCAUUAUCGCCAGACCGUUGCGAUGUUACAAAUAGCCUCCUUAGAACAUAUGAAAUGUUCAAAAACGGAGAUGAAAAGUCCUCAGAAUCACUCUAUUCAAUAAGGGAUAAACUUCAUAGAGCAAGUAAGGUCUGUUUGGAAGCAUCAAAAGACCAGUGGAACUUUGAAACUGCACUACUACUGAUUGAAUUCUCUAUUUUUUCAUCAUCAAUGAACUCUUUAAAUGAUUCAACCGCUAAAAAUAAUAAUAAUAGUGAGGAAGAUUCUGUGUCGGAUCAAAAGUUUAAAAAUAUAGAACUCGCUAGGGAAAAUGAAUCGAAAGGAGAUAGAGGUCAUAUAUUAAUAAUAUGUUACUUGAGAGUGUGCAAAAACCUAGUUGAAUAUAAUAUAUACACCAACAUUAACCAACUCAUGUUAUUUGGGUUAAAGCGUUUAAUUGUACUCCUAACAAGCCUUAAGUUGUAUUUGCUUAGCAUCAGAAUCUGUGAAUUCUUCAGAAUUAGCCCUGUAUUGGUCCUAAUUGGGUGGAUUACAACGAGAAUUAAACUUGGGACGCAUUUAACCGACUCAGAGCUUUUUAGCAUUAUUUCAAACCGACUGGACAAGUAUUUGGGGACCGUUUUAUCAUUUUCGAAAGUUGCGCAGGUGGUUUUCAAGCAAGGAAGAGACGUGCUGGCUCUGUCAUUCAUAGAGCGAGAAAAGUGUCCAUACAAGCAAUUCAAGGUUCUAAUAAAGUGGAAUGAACUAAGCAGAGCAGCAAAAGUAGCAAACGAAUGUGGAGACCCAACUCUAAUCAAUUUUAUAAUCCUCAAGACCUUUAACAAUCACGAUAUUUCCAACAUAAUAACACUGUCUAACGAGUAUAGCCUUAUCAAGAACAUGUUUGUUCACCAGCUACUUUUGAGUGGCAACGACAAGGUGCUCCAGGUGUUUUAUGAGAGGACCAACAGCGUCUUUGAAGCCGGACUCAACAGUAUAAACAUAUAUAACCGUAAUAACCCCUUUUUAACUAAUAGAGAAGGAGAACCUGAUGGGAAAGACAAGAGGGAUGACCUUAACAGGGAACGGAAAUAUAGCUUAAACUAUAGUAACGGGUACUUUGGGAACAAGACGAACACCGAUGCAACAUUUUGGCAUGAGGCUGUAAAUAAUGAAAUGCUCCUUCUAGAACAUCAAAUUACACUAGAAAACACUCACGAGUCACUUAAAUCUAUCAAACUGGUGGGGAGGAGCUUGAUGGAGACCAUUUACGAGCUUUACAAGCUUAACUUAACCAAGGAGGUUGAGGUUCUUGUGAACGCUUUCAAGUUGCCGAUAAAUCAAACUCGUUGUGCAAAAAUCGCUGCCUAUCACAAAACCCAUAAUGUCCAGGAGCUUUUCAAUCUUAUUCAGGACAAGCAGUUUUCCAGCGUCUACAUUAAGCCCAACUUUACUUACUUCCACCUCCUCCUGCAAACUCUCAUUAGUCUGGGCGCGAACACUCACGUCGACACCAUAAUUCACAACAUGAAGCCUUCCCAGCAUAACUACUGGAGGAACUUUGUCAACCAGUUCAACAAAAACUAA